AUGGGAAGAAAGAAGAAGAAGCAGAUGAAACCUUGGUGCUGGUAUUGCAAUCGGGACUUUGAUGACGAAAAGAUCCUCAUUCAACAUCAAAAGGCUAAGCAUUUCAAAUGUCAUAUUUGCCAUAAGAAGUUGUACACUGGCCCGGGCCUUGCCAUUCACUGCAUGCAGGUACACAAAGAGACUAUUGACAGCGUGCCAAAUGCGAUUCCUGGCAGAACAGACAUUGAGCUUGAGAUCUACGGUAUGGAGGGUAUUCCUGAGAAAGACAUGCAAGAAAGGAGGCGGACGUUAGAACAGAAAUCUCAAGAUGGUAAGAAGAAAAAUGAUGACUCGGAUGAUGAUGAUGACGAUGAUGAACCGGGACCGUCGGCGCAGCAGGUUGCUGGAAUGCCACCUCAGCCUGGCUAUGCCGCGCCAAUGGCUCAGUCGGGUAUACCCCCAGUAGCUGGUGGGCCAGGGAUGCCUCCAGGUGGAUAUCAAGGAAUGCCGCCAAUGAUGCCAGGUGUUCCUCCCAUGAUGCACGGCAUGCCUCCCAUGCAUGGAAUGCCUCCAGGCAGGAUGAUGCCAAUGGGCGGAAUGAUGCCUCCGAUGAUGCCUGGAAUGCCUGGUAUGCCGCCAGGAAUGCCUCCACACAUGGCUCCGAGGCCAGGGAUGCCGCACAUGUCCCCCGCUCCUGCAGCAGGAGUCAUACCCAGUCGACCAUCUGUGCCGGCGGGCCAACCCGCUGUCACCAAGCCUCUUUUCCCCAGUGCAGCACAGAUGGGCACAGCAGCUGUAUCCUCUCCACCUACAGACAAUCAGUCUGCCUCCUCUCAGCUGCCCUUACCUAACUCACCUCAAGCCCAGCAAAGUGCUUCUGGAGUGGCUGCAGCAAACUCUCACAGUGCCACCGCAGCCUCCUCUGAGCCGCCCAAAGCAACAUUCCCUGCAUAUACCCAACCCUCUGUCUCUUCCUCUGCCUCCACUUCCUCAUCUAACCCCUCUAGCAGUACUGUGGCCAAAGCCCCAGCCACAGUGCCCACUAAACCUACCACCCUCUCCGCCACGAGUGCAACUAGUAAGUUGAUCCACCCUGAUGAGGAUAUCUCGCUGGAGGAACUGAGGGCUCAGUUGCCCCGUUACCAGCGUCUCUUAGCCAGAACGGCUCAGGCCCAUGCGGCUGCUCCCUCCGUGGCGGCUGUCGGCGGCAUGAUGGCCCCACAGCAAGGUCUGCCACCACAGCAGCCUGGCAUGAGGCAUCCCAUGCAUGGUCAGUAUGGUGCCCCCCCACAGGGCAUGCCAAGCUACAUGCCUGGAGGGAUGCCUCCUUUCGGGCAGGGUCCUCCUCUGGUGCCCCCUUACCAGGGAGGCCCUCCCAUGGGCAUGAGGCCACCCGUCAUGUCUCCUGCUGGGCGCUACUGA